UUCGGAAAUGGCGCUAACCAGAGCACUGCUUGGAAGGAAUAUCAAGUGUUAUUUACCGGUUAUAACACAAGGGCAUAUCGUCCAGAACAGCUAUCUGUCUACUACACCACAAGACCAAAAAAAGAAGAGUCGAAUUGCUUCGUCAGCCCUUGUCACCUUUGCAGUUGCAAAAUAUAACAGAUAUGUAACCUGGUAUGAGGGGAUCCUUGAGCGCCGAUACCCUGGAGUGUUCAAGAUCUACAAGAUCGUCAAACAUGGUCUGAGAGACCUAUUUCUGGAUGCUAGGGAUUACUUUCGAAUCUACACACAGAUUCGAAAGGGUAAACCUUUGGGCACAUUGACUCGGAGAGAACUCGAAGUAUACAGACAGUUGCCCCAUGAUCUUCUACACUGCUUGCCGUUGUACUGCCUGCAAGCCAUACCAUUUGUGGGAAAUGUAUUCUUCAUUGUUGCGUACAAGUAUCCAAAGUCACUGCUCUCUCAUCAGUUCUGGACACCUGACCAGAAGAUGCAGUUCUGGCUUGAGGACCUUACUGAACGUGUGCAGAACUACAACAUCAUCAUGGCUAAGUUAGAAAGAAAGACACGUAAAAUCACAGAUGACAAGCUGCGCAUUUACAUGGAAGAUGUCCUGCAUGAGCUUCACAGUAACAGGCACCCAUCGACAGAGCAGCUUCUACUAACUAGACAAUUGUUUGUUGAACGACCCUUCGGCAUCCAUAAAGUGGGAUAUAAACAAAUGAUUAACCUCUGCAAAAUUCACGAGAGGUGGCCGUAUUUUCAACCACGUGCACGGAUGCACAAGUAUGGCAUGUUGCUGCGGGCCACAGACCUCGCAAUAACUAGAGACGGAUUUGCUGACGAGAAUGCACAUGAAAUCAUAGCGGCAUGUUUCAUACGUGGGUUAAAUCCAAAGAGUCUUCACACUGAACAACGGAUAGCGUGGCUGAAACAGUGGGUGGAGGUGGCAGAGCAUGUUGAUGAGGAUUGCAUAUCGUUGCUGCUGCACUGUCCGAUAUUCCUGGGCUUAAAUGAGCCAACGAAUAAGGUGCUAUACAGAUGACGUAGGAGCUCAUUAUGGUAGCAAUGUUUCACAAUAGAUGGCAGAUUGAUCAGACAUUCAUGCAUGUGCCAGCAUUGAUAGUGUGGGUUACACCACUUGCCUGUUCAGGAACUAAAUACAAAGAAUUGUAGCGUCGCAAGCACGGAGAAUAGGAGUUGUGAGAUUGCUCAGAGAUGAUGCACAUGUUCCAUUGGGUGUCAAUAGGUUGCCCAGCCACGACGUGCAUCAAAUUCAAUGUCAAAGCUGUGUACAUUAAUUUAGGUUAUCAGUUAAUAUAUCUGAGCCUGUAGCCUUGCAAAGUCCACCACAAGGUGGCAGCUCUUACGCUUCCCCUGAUAUAGAACUUUCAUGGGACCCAGUGCCCAAGUAGCUAAUAGGGGCCUGUUAUCAGAGACAAAAUUAGUCUUGGCAUUAGUCUAACCAUAACCUUUUCUGGUAGAGUGGACCGCUACACACUAGGUAUGAGAAGCUCUUAACUUUACCGUGUUUCUCUCGACGGUCUAUGAGAAAGGAUUAAUGUCAAGACUAAUGUUAUUUCUAAAAACGGGCCCUAGGUGUACAUUAUAAAAUUUUAAUGGGGGUAUCUAGGCGUUUGAUAGUAAUUGUAUAUUGUAAAUCAGGUUUGGUUUUAGAUGAUCAGAUUUUCACUAUUUAUAAAAUCGGUCAUUACUUAACCAACUUUAUUGUAUGAAUGAUACUACCAUAUGAAGAGAAUGCAUAUGUAGCAUAGCCUUGGUCUUCUUUUCUGGUGUGCUGAGUAGAAUGAUUAGUAUUGCAUUUAAGGUGCCUUCCCACACAACUAAUGUAAGUAGUUUGGAACAAAUUACUGUUGAACCCAUAUAAAUAAUACAUCAAACCUUGUAAAAUGCGUAAAGUUUAUAAUAUAUAGGCGCCCCGACCUCUAAUAAUGACAGUACACAGUGUCGACAGUCGUUGCAGACAUCGCAGCCUUGCCAAAGAGCAGCAAAUGCAAGAUGCUGCAACAUUCAUCCCAAUAGUUGUACUUACUGUUAUGUCUUGGCCUCUGUGUUAUGUCUUGGCCUCUGUUCAAGUGUUUCUGUGUAUCUAUUCAAGUGUUUCUGUGUAGGUUCACAAACAAAACAUGCACGGCAUUUUGGCGGUCACUCAACUCGUUUAUUUUAGACUAGUCACGCCAUCUCGUGGACGCAAUACAUGACACUUACUAGGUAAAGGUAAAGAAUAGUCUAUAGUAUCCGUUUUUGUGUGCAAUUUUCUGUGUCUGCCAUACAUGUACAGGCGAGGAAAAUUGAACAAUCUUAAGGUUUUAUGAGCUGUUAUGCUUGACAGCACGAGUUAUCUUAAUCCACAUGUGGGACGGUAUGUACAACGGUCAAGUACAUAUGACAAAACCGGUGAUGUGAAUUUACUCGGCUCAAUUACUCCCGUACGUGUUGAUUUAGAAUUUCCACAUAUAUGUGUAUUGUGUAAGCUAUGUUCAGAUAAUGAAGAAAACCUAGGGUCCAUUCUCAAUGAUGAAAUCGAUAACUAUUUCCGAAAUAGUGUUUUGCAAUCGGUUGCUGUGAAUGGUAGUAUGCCUAGUCUUGGUGUGCAUAAUUACAACAAGGACCUUGUUAGUACAAUCAAGGAAUGUACUCAUGUAAAGACUCACAAAAAUUCUGCUCAUCUUUAAGUAAAUUAUCGUAGUACAUCAAAUACCCGAAUGUAAUAUGUAUGUUUCACACCAUAACAUAAUUCUGUGAGUGCAACUCCUUUUCGAUGCAAAUAGGGGAUGUAAUUUUAAGAAGGUUGACAGCAUUUACACAUUUGGAUAAUAAGGGGCCAGCUGUGAGCUCUCCAUGUGAAGCAAGAGGUUAUAGUUCAAUUGAUAGUAGAAGUGAAAGUAUACAUAUAUAUGUAUUUAUUCCUUUUUUGUGCCUGUAUGAGGAAAUACUGUUGUGAAAACCAACUUUCAAAUAUUUGUGAAAAUAAUAUCUACUAUGAAA